CAUUGUUUCAACAAAAUGUCUGCUUUUUAUUUUGUUGGUUUUUUAAUAUUUGUAUCCAUCAAUGGCAUCCAAUCUUCGAGUUUCAACGACUGUCAGGCAGAAUGUGUAUACGUCCAAAUGUUAGAUGGGAUUAUAAAUUUACCAACAGAACCUGGAAAAAAUUGCUGCUGGAUCAUCGAGUUUUACACUCCUGAUGAUGAGAGAGUUGAAUCCUUCUUGUUCCUGCAAACUAUUGACUUAGAAAGAGGUGAUUUCUUGAGUCUACACUCCAUUGCAGAUACUAAUUACACUUCACAACUCUUCAACAUAACAGAUUCGCUGUCAAAUCAUUUAUUUUUCACUGGUACCAAGAAAAAUUUAUUGAUUCGCUUAACCACCAGCUCUGCUAACUCAUCGACAAGGAGUUUCCAUUUAUUCCUAGAAAGCCAAAUGUAUGAGGCUCUAAUACCAAUUUUAGACGACACAGUUCUCAAGCUACUACCUGUUGCAGGUAAACCUGAUGUCGCAAAAGCAGAUUGGACUUUCAACUUGGCCCUUUCUGCUAAUCAAAACAAGAAAAAACUGGCUGCUAGUGUCGAUUCAAAAUCUACAGGUAUUGUGGUAAAAUUUGAAAAAAUUUGGACCGAUCUAACCCCCGAUUACUUAAGUUCAAAUGAAAAAAUUGAACUAAGACUGUUUAUUCAAAACAUUUCAUCUGCUGGAAAUUACUUGGCUAUAUCUGUUUAUUCCGUUACUGAUGCAUGCAGUUCCUAUACUUCAUUAACUGUUAAAGAUCCCAAAACAACUGUUGCUGUUAAAUCAGAGGACCUAAAAAAUUUAAUCGACGUGAAAUGUCUCUGGAUUAUCAAUGCUGAUAACCCAGACAAUUGGCUCAACAUUAAUUUCGACUCGAAAGAGCCAAUCGACGUGAAGGCUGGCAACUUUUUCGUGAUUCGAAAAGGUAACCGCAAAUCAUCACCUGUUAUGUUCAUAAUUUCGUCCUCAAAUUUUGCUGACAUAAGGGCCAACAUUUACAACUCAAUUAUCGACUCAUUCGCGCUUUACAUCACUUAUGAGGCAUUCGAAACCAACGGUGAACACCCACAUUUUGAUGUUUUACGACCUGUUGUCAACAAUUACAUUGUUGGUGGGCAGAAACUAGAUUUCAGUAUUCCUAACAUGCCAACAAAAUUUUUAUUCAAAGCAAACGCAAAUUUCAAUGCUGUUUUAUCUGCUGCUCCUGGACAAAAAUUUGCAAACAACACCUACAUUUAUGAUUCACCUAUAAUGAGCUCCGACAAGUUGCUUGCUGUUUUCAAAGCAGAUGAUGUUUGCCCUGACAGCCUCUGGUCAAAUUCGGACCUUUUAGUUCUAGAUUUUAAAGAACUUCCAAGUAAAAUGAUUAUUGAGCUGAAAUCAGAACCUGCUAAUCUUGGAUCUACUGCUCGGCAAAGCAAAGGCAAUCUUGUGCUUUUUAGUAAUCAACUUGAUUGCAAGAGUUCAUACAAUUGGUUCAUUCCUCCAAUACCCACCGACUCAAACCAGGAUUAUCAGAUGGUCAAAUCUUUGGUAAUUUCUAAUUUAGCCCUCGAACAGGGUGGCUCAUUGUCUAUCAAAUCUUAUGCAUAUGGAGGAUCCCACGAGUUUACAAUUACAGGAGAAAAUGUCAUGAGCCUGCCAACAUUUUACCUGGAUUCAAAUAUUUCUCAUAGUAUUAUUUAUCGAAGAGCUGAUGUAUGUGACAAGAAUUCCAUAACAUUGAUCCAAGCAUCUAUUGACACUAUUUCAUAUGAUGCCUGUGCAAAUAUUGAAGUCACUGCAAAGCAAGAUUUCGUUUCUUGUGAUUAUCCAAACAACUAUCCUUUGACAGAAUGGACUAUGACCAAAAAUUGUAGACAUAUGAACUCUACUUCAUCAAAUAUCUACAUUAGCUUCAACGAUGUAGACCUCGUCGAUAAUCAUAGUUUAGAAUUUCUUGGAUCAACAGGGACCGUGAAUCUCACCAAAUCAAACAUUCCUGGUGACACAAUUGUUUCCAACAAAGUUGCUAUUAACUUCAAUAGAGUUUUCAAUGGUGAUGUGAAAACAGUAAGAACUCUUGGGGAAAGAUUGAGUGGCCGAGGAUUCAAUGCCACUCUUGAACCAAUUGAAUGUGGAGGUGUUUCUAUGAACAAAUCUGGCCUAUUGAACAUAAAUGGAACUGAUAAACCAGAAAAAUGCAUUUGGAUUAUUCAAACACCAAUUGAAGACACCAAAACUAUCAACUUUCUCAACUUCACCCUCAGUGAUGGUCUAAAAGAUGCCAAAGUUUAUGAUUCCAAUAGCCGAAAAGAUGCUCGCACUCUUAAUAUAACUGGAUCUGGUUAUUACAACUCAAGCACUGAAACAAUUAUAGUGGAAUUUACUACCAGUUCUAAUCCUGUUCAGAUUAACUGGUCUACUAUGGUUUGUUCUGAUCGCUGCAUCGGUGUUAGAAGAUGUAUUAAUCCAUCAGAAAGAUGUAAUAAUGUUAAUGACUGCGGAGAUUGGUCUGAUGAAUUACACUGUAAUGGUACUGCACCAGUACCUUCAGAACCUAAAAUUGUAAAAUCAGGAGUUCCUGGUCUGAUGAAUUACACUGCCAUGGUACUGUACCAGUACCUUCACAACAAUCGUAUUAACGAUGUACAUGUCGAUGAGAUGUAUAGAGAAGCUCCAAUCGAUGAAGGUGGAAUGUUCAACUAUACUGAAUUUACAAAAAUCCUUAAACAUGGUGCUAAAGAUAAAGAUGAUCAAUAACGAACCAAC